AUCCUUGGUGUUGGGGGGGUUUGUCACGAGCAGGGCAUACUCCUUCUAAUCUGAAUUAUGUUACUGAAAAUAAUGCAUGGUUUAACAAAGAUCUGACUAAACAGUGACCAAUUAACAGAAGUCCGAGGCAGGGAUAGCUGCACUUUGCUCCCCUGGGUGAAGUUUACAUCGUGCUACCUCUGCGUACAUUUGCCAUCUGCAGUUUAUCCUAAUUGAGGCGUCCUGGAUGGUACCAGGACUUCACCGGCUUCAAGAGUUCUCAAAGUACUUAAUAUCACUGCCUGGGUUUGUGGUGAGGGUGACGAUGGAGCCGGCCAAGUUUCAGUUUGCCAUCGAUCGGGGCGGCACCUUCACGGACGUCUUCGCCAGGUGCCCGGGCGGGAAGGUCCGAGUCUUGAAGCUGCUGUCUGAAGAUCCGGCUAAUUACAGGGAUGCCCCCACAGAGGGCAUCAGGAGGAUCCUGCAGGAGGAAUGUGGCGAGCCCGUGCCAAGGGACAGUCCAAUAGACACUUCGCGGAUCGAGUGGAUCCGGAUGGGGACCACGGUGGCCACCAACGCGCUGCUGGAGCGGAAGGGGGAGCGCAUCGCUCUCCUGAUCACCAGAGGUUUCAAGGACCUGCUGCACAUCGGUAACCAGUCCCGGCCAAAGAUUUUCGACCUGGAGAUAGUGAUGCCUGAGGUGCUGUACGAGGAGGUGAUUGAGGUUGAUGAGCGAGUGGUUUUGCAGCAGGCUGGAUGCCAGCUGCCCAAGUCCGAUGUUCUUGAGGUCGGCACUGGAUCCACGGGCGAGCUUGUGGAGGUGUGGAGGCGCGUGGACCUGGCACAGCUGGAGGACCAGCUGAGAGGCGUGCUGGCGAGGGGCAUCCGCAGCCUGGCCGUGGUGCUGCUGCAUUCCUACACGUGGUCCCAGCACGAGCAGCAGGUGGGGCAGCUGGCCAAGACGCUGGGCUUCCUGCAAGUCUCCCUGUCCUCAGAGGUGAUGCCCAUGAUCCGGGUGGUUCCCCGCGGCUACACCGCCUGUGCCGAUGCCUACCUUACGCCCUGCAUUCGCAGCUACAUCACUGGCUUCCGCGCCGGCUUCCAGCGCACGCUCAAGGACGUGCGGGUGCUGUUCAUGCAGUCGGAUGGCGGGCUGACCCCCAUGAGCAAGUUCAACGGGUCUCGGGCUAUCCUGUCUGGGCCGGCCGGAGGGGUCGUGGGCUACGCCGUCACCACGCACACAGACGGGGGAACUGAGCCCGUCAUCGGCUUCGACAUGGGGGGCACGUCGACGGAUGUGAGCCGGUACGCGGGUGAGUUUGAACACGUCUUCGAGGCCACCACGGCGGGAAUCACCAUCCAGGCGCCGCAGCUCGACAUCAACACGGUGGCGGCAGGCGGCGGCUCCAUGCUCUCCUUCAGGUCAGGGCUGUUUGUCGUUGGUCCAGACUCGGCCGGAGCCCACCCGGGUCCCACUUGCUACAGGAAAGGAGGUCCGCUCACCGUGACCGACGCCAACCUUUGCCUAGGACGCCUGCUGCCGGAUUACUUCCCCAAAAUCUUUGGCGCCACGGAGGACCAGCCGCUGUGGAGGGAAGGGGCCCUUAGAGGCUUCCAGAAGAUGGCGGACCAGGUCAAUGACUUCCUGUCCAGUCAAUCGCAGCGUGCCCAGGAUAAGGGCCCCAGCCAAUCGCAGAUGACUUUGGAAGAGGUUGCCCUGGGCUUCAUCCGGGUGGCCAAUGAGUCGAUGUGCCGACCAAUCAGAGCUCUUACUCAGGCCAAGGGUCACGACACGUCGCGCCACGUGCUGGCCUGCUUUGGGGGAGCCGGAGGGCAGCAUGCCUGUGCCAUCGCCCGCUCCCUCGGGAUGAAAACCGUCUUCAUUCACAGGUUUGGUGGGGUGCUGUCCGCCUACGGGCUGGCACUGGCUGACGUGGUGCAUGAAUCGCAGGAGCCCUGCUCGGCGAUGUACGGAGCGGCAUCGUUCCCGCUGCUGGACCAGCGGAUCACCACGUUGGAGGAGCAGUGCAUGGACGCGCUGCUCGCCCAGGGAUUUCAUAGGUCGCAGAUCGGGACGGAGGCCUUCCUGCACAUGCGGUACGAGCGGACAGACUGCGCCCUCAUGUGCUCCGCCAGCGGGCACCCGGCACGCCAGGACACCGAGUCCAGUCGGCACGGAGACUUCCGAGCCGCCUUCACCAGCAGGUAUCUGAAGGAGUUUGGCUUUGUUAUCCCGGACCGGCCCAUCAUGGUGGACGACAUCCGUGUGCGAGGCUGCGGCAGGUCCGGCAUCUGCUCCCAGCACAGCAUCAGGCCGAACGUCUGCACACCCAAAGUGGAGACACAGGUGAAAUGUUACUUUGACGACGGUUACCUGGAUACAGCGGUGUACCUACUGGAGGAGCUCUCAUGUGAUCACACCAUCGCCGGGCCUGCGAUCAUCAUUGAUAAAAACAGCACGAUCCUGAUUGAGCCAGACUGUACAGCUGCCAUCACCGAGCAUGGCAACGUCAGGAUCACCGUGGGCAAGGGGAAGGUGCGAGCUAUUGGCUCGGAACUCAAUACAGUCCAGCUCUCCAUCUUCUCCCACCGCUUCAUGAGCAUCGCUGAGCAGAUGGGGCGUAUCCUGCAGCGCACCGCCAUCUCCACCAACAUCAAGGAGCGGCUGGACUUCUCGUGCGCUCUGUUCGGCCAGGACGGGGGGCUGGUGUCCAAUGCCCCCCACAUCCCCGUGCACCUGGGGGCCAUGCAGGAGACGGUGCAAUUCCAGAUGAGGCACUUGGGCACCGAGCUGAAAGAGAACGACGUGAUCCUCAGCAACCAUCCCAGCGCAGGGGGAAGCCAUCUCCCCGACCUCACUGUCAUCACGCCGGUGUUCCGAAAGGGGGUUGCCCGCCCGGUGUUCUUUGUGGCGAGCCGAGGGCAUCACGCCGACAUCGGGGGCAUCACGCCAGGCUCCAUGCCUCCUCACUCCAAAUCCCUGCAGGAGGAAGGGGCUGUCUUCAUCUCCUUCAAGCUGGUGAAGGAUGGGGUCUUCCAGGAGGAGGCUGUCACACAGGCUCUCAUGGCUCCAGCACAGGUGCCAGGCAGCAGCGGCACACGCAACCUGCACGACAACCUGUCCGACCUGCGGGCACAGGUGGCGGCCAACCAGAAGGGCAUCCAGCUGGUCAAUGAACUGAUCGACGAGUAUGGGCUGGAGGUGGUCCAGGCCUACAUGGCCCACAUUCAGGUCAACGCGGAGAUAGCGGUGAAAGAGAUGCUGAGGGAGUUUGCCCGGAGAUGUGGGCAGAGCGUGGGGCAGCUGGAGGUGUGUGCCGAGGACUUCAUGGAUGACGGGACGCCCAUCAAGCUGAGAGUGAACAUCGACCAGGCACAGGGGUCGGCCGUGUUUGAUUUCACGGACACUGGACCGGAGGUGUAUGGGAAUUGCAACGCCCCUCGAGCCAUCACGCUCUCCGCCCUCAUCUACUGCCUGAGGUGUAUGGUGGGACAGGAAAUACCCCUCAACCAGGGUUGCCUGGCCCCGGUGAGGGUGGUGCUGCCGAAGGGGAGUAUCUUGGACCCGGCGGCGGAGGCGGCGGUGGUGGGCGGCAAUGUGCUGACGUCCCAGCGUAUAGUGGAUGUGAUAUUCAAGGUCUUCCGGGUGUGCGCCGCUUCCCAGGGCUGCAUGAACAACGUCACCUUUGGCAAUGAGUGUGUGGGCUACUACGAGACGGUGGCGGGCGGUUCUGGAGCGGGUCCGCACUGGGAGGGGCGAGGAGGGGUGCAUACCCACAUGACCAACACCCGGAUCACCGACCCAGAGAUCCUGGAGAAAAGGUAUCCCGUGGUCCUGAAGAGAUUUGAACUGAAGCCUGGAUCCGGGGGUAAGGGCCGUCAGCGAGGGGGCGACGGCGUGAUCCGGGAGCUGCUCUUCCGAGAGAGGGUCGUCCUCUCCGUGCUGUCAGAGCGACGAGCCUUCCGCCCAUACGGACUAGACGGAGGAGAGGCAGGAGCGGCGGGUCUCAACCUGUUGAUCCGCCAGGAUGGGAGAUCAAUCAACCUUGGAGCAAAGACAUCGGUGGCCGCCAGCCCCGGAGACACCUUCCAACUGCAGACCCCCGGGGGCGGAGGCUGGGGUCCUCCUGGAGACGGGAUGGAGCAGCGCGAGGUGCCGUUGGGGUGCGUGCCGGAGAGCCGCAGACCACAGGCCAGCUUUGUGGAGCGUGGCAGUGUGUUUGAGUACAGACAACUGCAGGAGUCUGUGUGACCAGCCCUCAGCUGCGGGAACCAGGGAUAUACGGCACAGAGGGAAGCCACAGAGGAUGGAAAUGGACGUUUUGUAGAUGAUUCCGCUUCUGUAGUUUAGUAGGGUGAACAUGGCCCGAUAAUAAUCCAUGUAUUAUAUUAACUUUCAUGAGGACGUAUGUCUGCAACCUGUUCCACUCCCUAACCUCUUGUAGUGAAAAAUUAUUCCCUCAGCACUCCUCUAAUCCGAUCAAUUUGUAACUACCUCCUCUUGGUAUUUAUCCUCUCUGCCAAGGGAUAUGGAUAACUCCUGUUCACACAUGCCUGCGGAUUAAUCCAGGGGUUAUUAUUUUAUUAUUAUUAUUACUCGGGUGCAGCAACACUUUAUAAUAGUAAUUAUUAUUAUUGUAAUUAUUUUAUCCACUUCAUGAAUUAUCCUCUUCGUCUUUCCUGUUCCGAAGAAAAUAUAAUAAAAUCCUGCCAAUUUAAUCCAGACAAAUGUGAGGUGAUGUAUUUUGGG